UGAUCUGUAUCGACGCCCUCGAGCCUUACUGACCUCUAUUUCACCUCCUGCCACCUGGUUCCACUAUAAAGGCUGCACUUGAGGACACUCUCACAUCAAAUUCCCUCCUAUAUCGAUUGCUGUUGAUCCUUGGGUAAUUCUCUUCUUUAGCCUGCUCUUUAGUCGAAUCACUUUGCUCUCUUUUGCUUCUUAUCCUCUCUGGCCUCGCUCGCUCGCAUGACCACUAUCACCCACAGAAAGUCCCGCAUCGCGGUCGACACCACCACACCUGAUGCCUCUCCUGAAAACCUCGCGCAGCUCAAAGACUUCUACUGGACACGCGAGAGUGAGCCACAUGUUCUCCGCCGCAAGCAAAUCCUCGCCAAGUACCCCCAGGUGACCAAACUAUGCGGCCACGAGCCGCUUACCAAGUACAUCGCUACUGGCGUGGUGCUUCUUCAAUUCCUCAGCGCAUACGUGUUGCGCGACACACACCCGCUCUCAUGGAAGUUUGUCGCGUGGGCGUACGUUGUGGGUGCAACGGCCAACCAGAACGUGUUCCUCGCGAUUCAUGAGUUAUCUCACAAUCUCGGUUUCAAAAAGCCGAUGCACAACCGUCUCUUCAGCAUCUUUAACAACUUGCCAAUUGGGAUCCCGUAUGCGGCUUCCUUCCAACCAUACCACCAACUCCACCACAAGUUUAUGGGUGACGAUGCCUUGGAUACGGAUCUUCCAACGCGUUUCGAAGCGGUCGUUCUCUCCAACGUGUUGGGUAAGGCCUUCUUCGCCACCUUCCAGAUCCUCUUCUACGCCUUUAGACCCAUGUGUGUAACCCAGAUUAAGUUUACCGCCGUACAUUUGCUCAACGUGAUGGUUCAGCUCGCGGUCGACUUCCUCGUGGUGCGUCACUGGGGUUGGUACGCCAUGUUCUACUUCCUCAUGUCCUCCUUCCUCGCGGGUUCCUUGCACCCCACUGCGGGUCACUUCAUCGCCGAACACUACGUGCUCAAUCCUUCGUACCCGGCCACCAAAAAUGCCGACCCCAGCACUCGCACGCUCGCGGCCAACUUGCAACCGGAAACCUUCUCGUACUACGGCCCGUUGAACUUCUUUACCUGGAACGUUGGCUUACACAACGAACACCACGAUUUCCCGUUUGUACCAUGGACGCGUUUGCACACGUUGCGUGACAUUGCGCGCGAGUUUUACGAACCUUUGCCUCAGAUUGACUCCUGGGUCAUGGUCAUUGUCAGUUUUGUCUCAGGGAGAAAUAUUGAGUUGUGGAACCGUGUUCGCAGAGAGAACGAGACCAAAUUGUCCUUGGACGAGAAGAAGAAGCAGACCGAGUAUAACUAGGAAGCUUAAUAUUGUUUCUGAUACGAAUAUUGCGAUGGGUGUUUCAAUAGAGGAUUCUAUCCCUGCUUUUUGUUUUCUUUUUGAUAUGUAUGGGCUGUAUAUUUAUGUUUAAAAAUGGGUAUCACUCGUAUAAACCCCUGCUGUUUACAUAACGCAUGGGGUUGAGCAAAGCUUGUUGCUGGGAUCCGUUAGAAAUAUUGAACGACCCCAAGGUACAAUGUUGUAGACGUCUUGUGUUAGUGUCCAGACGUAAUUAGGGAAAGAGAAAUAUGCGUUAAAGGCUGAAUCCUCGGUAUGUACCGUGUCACGAAUCCCACUCAGAGG